GUCAGGCGCCGCAGCCCCGGGGAGGUGGGUCCCGCUUUAAGAAGUGAAGUUUGUCGGCCCCAUCCCCCUCCCUGCCCACCGCCCGCAGCCUCCCGUGCGCCCCGCGGAGCUGGCGGAUGGAGCUACGGCGCGGCGGCGGCGUGGGGAGCCAGGCAGUGGGGCGCAGAAUGGAUGGGGACGGCCGAGAUGGCGGCGGCGGCGGAGGCGGCGGCUGCAAGGACGCCGGGUCGGAGGACUACGAGAACCUGCCGACCAGCGCCUCCGUGUCCACCCACAUGACAGCCGGAGCGAUGGCCGGGAUCCUGGAGCACUCGGUCAUGUACCCGGUAGACUCCGUGAAGACACGAAUGCAGAGUUUGAAUCCAGAUCCCAAAGCCCAGUACACGAGCAUCUACGGAGCCCUCAAGAAAAUCAUGCGGACUGAAGGCUUCUGGAGGCCGUUGCGAGGCCUUAAUGUGAUGGUGAUGGGUGCAGGGCCGGCCCACGCCAUGUACUUUGCCUGCUAUGAAAACAUGAAAAGGACUUUAAAUGCCGUUUUCCACCACCAAGGAAACAGCCACCUAGCCAACGGCAUAGCUGGGAGUAUGGCCACUCUGCUGCACGAUGCGGUAAUGAAUCCAGCAGAAGUGGUGAAACAACGCAUGCAGAUGUACAACUCACCACACCGAUCGGCCCUUGGCUGCGUCUGGACAGUUUGGAGGACGGAGGGCUUGAGGGCCUUCUACAGGAGUUAUACCACACAGCUGACCAUGAACAUUCCCUUCCAGUCCAUCCACUUCAUCACCUAUGAGUUCUUGCAGGAACAGGUCAACCCUAACCGGGGCUACAACCCGCAGUCCCACAUCAUCUCAGGAGGGCUGGCUGGGGCCCUGGCUGCGGCUGCCACCACCCCACUGGACGUUUGUAAGACCCUCCUCAACACUCAGGAGAACAUGGCCCUCAACCUGGCCAACAUCAGUGGCCGGCUUUCUGGCAUGGCCAAUGCUUUUCGGACCGUGUACCAGCUCAACGGCUUGCCUGGCUACUUCAAAGGCAUGCAGGCGCGCAUCAUCUACCAGAUGCCCUCCACUGCCAUUUCCUGGUCUGUCUAUGAGUUUUUCAAGUACUUCCUCACCAAGCAUAAGUUGGAGAGUCGAACGCCAUACUAAAGGAAGGGCUGCUGGAAGUGAUGCCAGAAUCCUUUUUUCUCAAAGGGCUUUCCCUGCCUGCUGUCAUUGCCUUGCUCUCUCCCCGAGAUAAUGUUAUUCACGGGGUGUCUGCAGGGUGGGCCUUCUGCCCCCUGAUGCCUUCUGGAAAGGGGGACAGGCCAGCUGCUUCCUGGAAGGCCGUCCACAGGGACAUCCAAGGUGGUGGCAGGUCGGGACAAAGGCUUUGGACGGAGAGUGAAGAGUUGCCGUUCGUCUUUCUCCCCAUUAAGGAAUGUAGAUUUUCUGCUUCACUCUAGCACUUUCCUCCCAAGAACCAUAGAUCACAGGGGAGGGAAGAAAAGUGAGUGAAAAAAUUAAAGGAAAAACGUGUAUAUAAGAGUUCUAGUACACAACAUACAAUAGAUGGAUAAUGUUUAUCCUUUAUUUUUCUAUGUAGAAAUUUUGACAUUUGUGUGUGAAUGUGUGUGUGUGUGUGUAUAAAUAAGUGUUACAACUGAAAAUGUAAAGCUGUUUUGAAAAACAAAAAAAAAAAAAACAAAUUCAGAGGGUUGAAUUCUUCCAUCGGGUUAGGGGAAAAAGCACCAAAGGAAUUAGUUGCUAAACACUGUCCAAAAAUUGUGUCAAGCCCCCAAAUGGAAGUUUGACUUGAAUGUAAAAUAAUAAAGCUUAUGUUUUU